AUGGCAUUAUCAAAUCUCCGACGACUUACCCAAUCCCACCGCCUCCCCUCCCUCUCCUUCCUCACCCACUCCCCCAUCUGCCGCCCCACCUCCACCCUAAAAGUCUCCGACCGCAUCGUGCGUCUCUCCGCCAUCGAUUUCCAAGGCCAAAAACACACCGUCCUCGGCCUCACAGGCCAAACCCUCCUGAAAGCCCUAAUCAACACCGGCUUAAUCGAUCCCGAUUCCCACCGCCUCGAAGAGAUCGACGCCUGCUCCGCUCACUGCGAAAUCAACAUCGCUCAGGAAUGGCUCGACAAGCUGCCGCCCAGGAGUUACGACGAGGAGUAUGUUCUGAAGCAUAAUUCGAGAGCUAGGGUGCUUAAUAAGCACUCCAGAUUGGGGUGUCAGGUUCUGCUUAAUCAUGAGCUUCAAGGUAUGGUUGUUGCUCUUCCUGAACCCAAACCAUGGGACACUUCUUAG